AAAAAAUGAAUUAACGUCGAUGUCGACGGACAUUCGUGCGCGUACAGGUAACGGGCAUGAUAAAUCGCCGUAGCCAACUUCUCUCCGCGUAACAUCGAAUAAUCAUAGCUGCACACUACAUCAUGCGACAUAAAAAUACGAGGUGAUUCAAAAAUCACUUUUUAAUUGACCAAGUGAAAGUUGCAACGAGUUCGCGUAACCGCUGCAAACCGUAAUCGCCUGUCACCAUAGCGGAAAACAUGAUAUGCGAGUACUUUCUGCAUUAGUUCUCACGCACUGCUUCGGCUGUGUGAUCCCGGAGGAUUCCGAUGAGGAAUUCAUCCACAGAUACUCUAUAUCCGACCUGGAUCGCCGAGAUAUCGCGGACGGUAGAUACGGUCGAAAAAUUUUAGAAACUACCGAGCGAAUCUCUUACAACCAAGAGGAGCCGGGACUUCCGGAUGUUCCGGGAAAAAAUCCUAGACUCGCAGGGGCGCGGGAGGCGGGCACCGUGUAUCUGCUACCAGCGAAAUCGCUGUCCAAUAUAAAUAAGCGAGAAAAUGGUACCCAGGUCGAGGCGUUUCAGCGACCCGAAGGGAAAGUGGUUCUCGCAAAUCGAAGCGCUCCGCUCAACGGCGUUUCUGAAAGAGGAUACUCGAAGACGAAACGUGACGAUGAAAAUUGGGAGGCGAAAGGGGAUGAUAACUCGCGUCUGAAAGGACCGUUGAAUGAAAAUAGGUGGCGAUCCACCGGACUCCGUUCGCACGGGCUUACGAAACGUCAGGACGAACCGGACGACGACGAUGACGACAACGCCGAUUCUAACGGGGAUGAUACCGAGGACGAAAGCGACGUGGACAACAGCGAAUGGGACGAAUGGGCCGAAUGGAGCGAAUGCAGUACGAGUUGCGGUUGCGGACGGCAAGUCCGCUGGCGGCAUUGCGUCGGUAAUGAAUGUUCGAACGGUCUGAAAAGAGCGGAAAUAAGAACGUGCCAUCUCAGAGAUUGUAACAACAAAAACUUGUUCUCAUGGCUGGGGGUUAAGGCCUGAUUUUAAUACGUUUCUACCCUGGGAUUAAUUAAUCACGAUGUACAGUCACCUGCGCCAAUUACAUUAUAUCCCCGAUAUUCCAUGACUGUAUUUUUCAGAACAGCUGUUUCUACCGUUCCACUGUUUCAUUACUACAAAAUCGACAACUUCAUCGUUUAUAUUCCGUAAAGUUUUCAUUGCGAGCAAAAUGUUGUCAAUAAUUAUCAUAACCCAAUGAGUAAUGAAU